AAACUUUAAGAAAAUACAUAGUGUUCUCAGAAAGAAGUGCUUCAAAGUUCAUCGUGGGACAGAAUGACUACCACCAUGGAAAAAUCUAAAAACUUUCGCAUUGACGCGUUGCUGGCACACGACGUGGAGCAGAGGACGGACAGUGAUGGUGCGUCCCCGGGGUUGUACUACAGCAGAAGCCCCGGUGGCAGUCCUGUGUCAACCCGUGGCUCGGAGACGCCCUCCCCACGUCCAAACCCAACAAACUACUCUCCAGCCCAGCCAGGAGUACUAUCCAAGUCCCAGCUCUUCAGCCUGUCCCAGUCAGGAUACACUGCUCUACACCAUGGGGGUCUCCUCGGUAUGCAUCCCGCUUCCAUGUAUCCUCUGGCGGCCCUCGGAGGCCAGCACCCCGCCUUUAUGUACCCCGGCUUCACGCAGCUGGUCCAACCGUACCAUGAGCAGCUAAAGGGGGCACACAUGGCCGCGACGCACCCGCUGGAGCCCUGGAUCAGGGCCGGGAUGAUGAUACCCAGACUCGGAGAUUAUGGAGCAGCAGCCCAUGCUGGUUUGUUGGGGAAGUGUCGGAGGCCCAGGACGGCUUUCACCAGCCAGCAGCUGCUAGAAUUAGAAAACCAGUUCAAGCUCAACAAGUAUCUGUCCAGGCCUAAGCGCUUCGAGGUGUCCACUUCACUCAUGCUGACUGAGACUCAGGUUAAGAUCUGGUUCCAGAACAGGCGUAUGAAGUGGAAGAGAAGCCGCAAAGCCAAGGAACAAAAGUCACCUCUGACUGACACAGAAAAAGCUGCCAUGGAUAUACACAGUGCCAAGGCUCAGAGUGAUUCACACAGCUCCAGCCUGGAGGAUGAAGAGGAGAUAGAAGGGGAUGAUGAGGAUGAGAAAGAGGAGAUAGAAGUGCUGAGGGCGGCUUCUUUAGGCUCCGUAGGCUUCUCGAGGCACGCUGGAGGAGGAACAGGGAACUAUUACUCAGAGGAGGAGCCGGAGGAAGAAAGCCCAAGAACAAGAAGUGGGAUUUUCCCAUAGUUGUAAAUGGCAGCAUGCUUUUAUUGUACGUCUUUUUAUGUUUAUUACUCUUAGGGACGAUACACAAUGCAAUCAGGUGCACAAACAUGGUGGCAUGAAGAGGAUCAUUCAUUUCUCAAAGCCCUGCCCAUAGUACUAUACAUCCAAAAAAGCAAAAGGGUACCGUCAUCUGCACAACAGGCCUCAUAUUAAACUAAUCUCAUUAUACAAGAAUAAUGCCACAUUUGUGUUCCUCGACAUUUAUUAACAAAUAAUUCUGAUUUAUAAUUUGCGCAUGAUGAACGUAGCCUCUUUUCCUGUCCUAUCAUCUGAAAUGAAUUAAUUUAUCUUUAUAUGAACAUGUACUUAAACUGUAUGAAUGGGGGGAGGGGGGGUAAUAGCACUUUUAUGGAAGGUAGUGGAUGAAGAGACAGAAAAAUUGACUUGGAAAUCAUGUUGUAAAGAGUGUCAGUGUUACAUUGUUAUCAGGACAUGCCGGUCUGUUACACAUGUUGGAUACAUGUUCCCAUCAAUUGUUAUUUUGUUUUUCAUAUUUUAAACAAGAAAUAACAAAUAAUAGAUUCUUAUUCACCCUGGUAAAGUUAAGGGCAUAGGGUGUGGAAAGAAAAUACCAAGAUGUUUUUUUUUAUGUGACUGUAUAAUAUACAAUUAUCUUCUUAUAACAGCAUGUUAUAUUUAGUUAUUUACACAAAGAAAGAGGCUGCACGUACUGUAUUGUAUUUUACA